UUCCCCAUCAUUCAUUUCUUCGUGAGCUGAGCAUCUCUCUUCUGCUCAAACCGCACCUCCGGCUAGCAGCACCAGCGAUGACCAUCACCUCCACGCCCCGCCCACACGAAGCUUCUAGGUGCUUCCCAACCAAUCCCGCCGGCGGCUUUCUCCGGCGAACUCAUCCCUUUUCUCUCGUUACAAGCCGUGCCCAACCCACUCUCCCAUUUCGCGUGUCAGUAGAGGGGGUUGGAUGCCCGAGGUGAUGGAGCGACGGGCGACGGCGGCUGUGCGUGCGCGUGGUGCCGAUGAGAGGCGAUGCGGGGGGUGCUGCGAGCGUGGGCAGCGAGCUCUGCGGCAACGUGUUUUUUUGCUGGAACGGGACUUUUUUGUUGCUGGAACCUCCUGUUCUUUUUGCUACAAUCAAUUUUUGUUGGAUUUGAUGUUUGUGGGAUUUUUGCUGGAACCGGCUGUUUCUAUUGCUACAAUCAAAUUUGUUAGAUUUUGAUGUUUGUGGAUUUUUUGCUGGACGCAGAGAAAUUUGUUGCUGGAACCGGCUGUUCUUUUUGCUACAAUCAAAUUUGAUGGAGUUUGUGAUUUGUGGGAUUUUUGCUGGAACCAGAGUAAAUUAUUCCGGGUGUUUCUUUUGCUACAAUCAAAUUUGUUGGAGUUUAAUGUUCGUGGAAUUUUUGCUGGAACCAGAGUAAAUUAUUGCUGGAACCGGGUGUUUCUUUUGCUACAAUCAUGAACGGCAGUGUUCAUCCUGCUGGAACAACAAUGUUUUUGCUACAAUCGUAGCCUGUUUUUGCUACCACCAGUGAAUUUUGUUGCUACAUGCAUGAGCGGGUAGUGUUGGUCGACGGCGGCGAUGCUUUCUUUUCUACACCCGUAAUGCUACCAUCGUUUUUUGCUGGAACCAGGGCCCAAAAUUGCUACCAUCGGCUUUUGUGUUGCUGGAAGGAACCACCCAAAAGUGCUUCCAUCGGAUUUGGUUUUUGCUGGAACCUGCGCUAAAAAAUGAUACAACUGUAUAUGUAUGAAGCUACAUCCGUGUUAGCCAGAGCUGCAACUCUGUUUUGGAAAUGGUACUACCGAUGAUUUCUUGCUGCAACCAUUGUUGCUUUUUGGUACGAUUGGCGAAGUUUUUUGCUACAUCAAUUCAAAAAGGCAUUCACUGGUCCCGUCAUUCUUUGCAAUCCCGCGCAGCGAGAGUCGACGGCCAAGACAGCGGCGGCGCAUCGGGAGCUGCAACCAUAGAACUCGCCAGCGAGUUGCCGUGGUCGCCACUGGAGUUGCAAGCGCAGGGGCGCAUCGGGGGUUACAACCAUGGAGCUCGCCGCCGCCGCCAAUGGAGUUGCAGCCAGCGAGAAACAUAGGCGGCGACCGGCUGCAAGGGCGGUGACCGGCAGUGAGGGAAGACGAGCAGGCGAGGCAGUCGAUGCGUGCGGGGGCGGCACUCUCCUUCCUUUCCCUUCUCUCUCGUGCGGGAGGUUGACGAUGGAGAGGGAGGACGGGGAGGACGGGGAGAGAUCUGAUGGUUAGGGACAAAGAGAUCUGACGGCUCAGGGGACCAGAUUUGACGGCUAAGGCUCGACCGGUCCAACAGUUGGGCCGGCGCGGCGGCGCAGAUCGUUCCCCUUUCGGGAAACAGUCGCACCGUUUCCGGUCAUUCUGAACCAGCGGCCGAGUUCUCUCCACCCACACUCCCGAAGUCCCAGUCCCCAAGAGAGAGCAAGGAAACGGAAACCCCAUCCCCCCUCCAGACUUCAGAUCGACCCCAAUGGCGUCGUCGACACUUCGCAGCCUUCCAGGCGACAUUCCGCCGACGACUCUGCUUUCCCUACCAGACGAGAUGCUCGAGGAAAUCCUCCUCUGCCUCUCCGACGCCGCCGACCUCGUCCGCGCCUCCAUGGCCCGCGUCUCCGUCCGCCGCGUCGUCACCAAUCACCGAUUCCUCCAACGCUUCCGCACUCGCCACCCGCCGCCUCUACUGGGCAUAGUUUCUCCCCAUCCCCGGCCCGGGGGGACCGGCCGCUGCUGAAUCUGGCCCAGCCGCCGCACCUCUCCGCCGCCGCCGCGAGCGUUUUCUCCGGGCUUGACGCCGCCGACUUCUCGUGCGCCUUCCUCCCCAACGCUGCCCGCUGGCAUAGGCGCGACUUGCGGGAUGGCCGCGUCCUCCUUUCCGGCGUCCCUGAGGGCACCAAAUUCAGCUGCAGCGUCUUUGUCAGGGACCUGGCUGUCUCUGACCCCUUGUCCCGGCGCUACAUCCUGCUACCUCCCAUCCCCGACGACCUAGCCGCCUUGGUGCAGCCACCGGACAUGCUGGGUUUCGAGCCCUUCCUUGCUCCUCCGGCAGCCGAGGAUGAGGACGGCAUGUCUUUCAGAGUUAUUUGCUUGGCGCAUUGCACAACCAAGCUGGUCCUCCUUAUCUUCUCUUCAAGUGCUGGACAGUGGCAUGCUGUUACACUUGAAAAUCGGAUCGGUUUGCUCACAGGAUCAGACAACCCGGCUCCAGGCAACCAUCAAGACUUGUACUGGCCGCCGCGAAUGCGCCAGUAUGCACACAGAUAUUUCUGUUGGGCAUUUUAUGCAAAGGGAUCCAUGUAUCCGGUGAGCAAGUUGCUGAUGCUCGACACACGGAGCAUGGGUUUCUCUGCCGUCGACCUUCCGCCUCUCACAGAUUACACACGAGUUAUCAUUCUGGAGGCAGAGAAUGGAAGGAUUGGGAUGUAUAUGAAUGAGAAUUUGACAGCUGAACUAAGGUAUUAUGUGUUGCAAAAUGAUGGAGUUGGUGCAAACCAGUGCAUGCUAGAGGAAACGUUCAAUUUAAAUGAUCGAUAUAUGCUCAUGGGCGUAGCAGGGGGAUACUUACUCCUACAAGGGCUUCGACAAGACCAAUAUCCAUUUUAUUUGUUUUCGCUAGAUCUGAAGACUUUACAGCUUGAGUGGUUCCUUGCAUCGAGGCACAAUAACAAGGGUGCUCAUAUGUUUGCCGGUUUCCCACCAUCCUUGUCUCCACCAACUCUUCAACAUGAUAUCUGAUAUUGAUGCCGCUGGGAGAUGAAACCUUGACGUCUGGAGGUAUGGAGCAGCAACUUGGAGCAUUAUGUACUGGAUGGAAUCAUCAGGCUUUCCUUUUGAGACGGACGCAGGCUUGUUUGCGGUGCUGACUGUUGUGCAGCUCGGUGCUUAUUUUCAGAUAUGUCAUGGGAGAAUAGUUGUGAUAAUCUACCAAUUAGAUUCACAAAUCAAAUAUUACUAGACAAUUUCUAUUUUUGGAACCUUUGUUCCUAUCAGAUAUGCAAUGUGACUAGAAACAGGGUGAUAUAUACCAUCUUCUUUGAUUUUGUUUUUGUGUAAGUGGUACAAAUCGGUUCUACCAUCUUCUUUGUUUUUGUAAGUUGCGUAAGAGCUACAUGGCUUCGUCUUACAAACAGGAACAGUUUUGUGCUUAUUUUUCAAAUAUGUUAUGAAAGAAUAUUUGUGAUAAUGUA